AUGGAACUUUAUACCUCAAACCAAGAUGAAUGGCAUAGUUUCGCUUUAGAAGACCUAAACAGGUCUUACACGAGGAACCUUAUCGACGAAGGGAACGGAAAGAGUAACCUGGUGAGCUCCCCUGUGUUAACAGGGAUUAUUCCCUACUUUUAUCAUUAUUCGGAUCAGCCUAUAGGUAUAGAUUUAUUUUUACGGUCGUUGUACAUGUUCCUGACGGUUCUUUUACGUGCGCGUUUGAGCAGAGAGAGUCCUGGAAGGGGUAGCACCAUUCACGACCACGCAAAUGCGCACUGCGUUAUGAAGGUUUUGAAAGGCACUCUUCAAGAAACCUUAUACACAUGGCCGGACCAGGAAAGAGUUGAACGUGGACAGGUUUCUCCUCCUCAGGUCAAGAAAGUGACUACGUAUGGUGAAAAUCAAGUCACCUACAUGUCUGACAAAUUGGGCUUGCAUAGGAUCCACAACCCGGAUCCCAACGAUGUGGCUAUCUCUUUACACCUUUACACACCGCCGAAUGCCGCAAAUUACGGCUUUUCCAUCUUCGAUGAAACAUCCGGAAAGGCAUGCCACAUCAAGCAGUCGCAUUUCUACUCAAUUAGAGGCGAACGAACAUGA